GGUUAUGACGUAGAUUUAAAAUUUCAGCGGGGGCACCGUUUGUUGCUAUUUUUCUGAAGCAGUGUGUUUGUUUUUCGUAGAAUAACUUUUUAAAAACGAUUUCGUCCAAACUUAACCAAUGUCUUUUUCUAGAGCACCGGUGAAAAGAUUUAAUGAAAAUAUCGGCUGCGCCCCAGCACCGGGCACCUAUGAACUCAAACCGGGAGAGGUUAAGGGACCUGCCUCAUUCCAUCGGUCAGAGCGCUUCAAACAGCCUAAAGCCAGUGCUCCUGGCUUCCCAACACCAUCUCCCUCGAAAGAUGUGCCCAUGUCACCUGUGCGUAGGACCUUGUCUGUGGAUGGCCUGGUUGAAGGGUCCGUGUCGAAAAAAGACAAGAGUGGCCUCUCAAUGCAAAUGAAACAACAGAAACUCCUGGAGAAAGAGAUCCGGUCCCUGGUGCACCAGCGCGGAGAGCAGGACAAGCGCCUGGUAGCACUGGAGGAGGAGCUGAGGAAGGUGGAGUACAAGCUGUUAUCCGCGGUCAGAGAGAAGACCGGUCUGGCUGCCAACGUCACUACCCUGGAGAGGCAGCUGGCCGAGCUCAAGAAAACCAACGAGUUCCUCAAGAACAAGGUUUCUGCAGACGCCACUAAAAAGAAGAUCCAGUCUCUGUCUAUGGAGCUGAUGGAUGCUAGGAACAAACUGGACGCCAAGGAAAAGAUGCUUAGUUUCCUUCAGAUCAGUAUGGAGGGCCAGGUGAAGCUGUUGGAGGUGGAUAUGGAGGCUGCCAGAGCUACGCUAACAGCCCUCAGGGAGAGGAACAUGGACCUGGAGGACCUUCACCGUGACACAAAAGUCCAGAAUGAGGAGCUGGAGAAGGAGAUGGACACACUGCAGGCUGUGAUCCAGGAACUGAGGGAAGAAAUCAGGGUUCUUCAGGGUUACCUGGACACAGCCAAUGACCACAACCAGGAUCUGCGUAUAAAGCUUCGUGAGCAGAACGAGAAGAAUCGCAUGUCAGAGUCUGAACAGGAGAAACGCCGCCAUCUUGAGCAGAAACUGGAGCAGUGUACCACAGAUCUCUGCACAUCCCAGGCCUCUCUCCGUCUAAAAGAGGAGGAGUCCGAGAAACGUCAACAGGACCUGAUGUCUUCCCAGGAUGCUUUGCGGGAGACUGAGAAGCUUCUCCAGCGCAUCGAGGCAGAGCUGACCUCCUCCAUGAAGGCUAUGGGAGAGAUGGAGAUGCAGAUGCAGCGGACCAACCAGGAACUGUCCGCCUCCCAGAGUGCCGUGUGCCAGCAGGAGUCGGAGCUAGCACGGCUUAGGGAACUGCUGAAGAGAACAGAGGAGGAGCUGGAUAAGAAAGUAGCUCACCUGGGUGAGAGGUGCAAGGUCCUGGAGGAGGAGAGAGAUAGGAGCCAGGAGAAUGGAAAAAAAAGAAUAGAAGAGCUUACGGCAGAGCUGAGCCUCCUGCAGGAGACCAGGAAGAGUGAGGAGGUGAUGCAGGAGCAACUGCAGCAGGCACACACCUCCCUGGCUGUGGAACUGGCGAGGGAAAAGGAGCGUGCCGCCACUCUAGCCUCUGUGCUGGACCAAGUGAAGGAGGAGACAGAGAAAGAACGGAGACAGCUGGAGGAUGAGUUGGAGGAGGCGCUGGGGGAGCUGUCGGUUCUAGAGUUGCAGGAAGAGAGGAGGGAGGACGAGGAGAAGAGCAGACAGGAGAUCCUACGGAGUUUACAGCAGGAGAAGACUAACAUGGAGAGAGAGCUGACUGAGACCAGAGCACUGCUAAAUGGGAGGAGCAGUGAUGUGGAAGCGUUGGAGGAGGUACACUCUGCUUCCAUGAGGAGGCUCCAGGAGGAACACGCAACUUCCCUCAGCAAGAUAGGAGAAAUGGCCACUGAGCUGGAGAGCAUGAGAUUGGCAUUGAAGAGAGCAGAGGAGAAGGGGCAAACACUGGAGGAGGAGAUGGAAAGGGUAACCCAGCAAAUGAAAGAAGAGAUGGAGAGGGUGUCUCUUCAGAAGGAGAAGGAGGUGACGAGAGUGAGGCAGGAAAUGGAUGAGGAGCGGGGGAAACAUAUAGCGGGCCAGCAGGCUGAGGAGAAGGCCAGAGAGGAGUAUGCAAGAAUGCUGCUGGAGGUACAGACUUGUCUGGCUCAGAGAGAUGAGGAGAUGAAGAGAGCUGAGGAGGAGGCACAGAGACGGUUACAGAAGGAGACGAUGGAAAAAGAGGAGGCCCAAAGGCUAUUAAAGCAAGCUGGAGAGGAGAAGGAGGAAAUUCUGAGACUUCUGGACCAGGAAAAGGGAGAGAGGGAGGCACAGAGGAGAGAGUCACUGCAGGUGAUGUCAGAGGAGGUGGGGCGGCUAGAGAGUCAGUUGAAAAAGGCAGCUGAAGAGAAGCUAGCUCUACAGUGUUUGGUAGGGGAAAUGGAGGAGGAGAAACUGUGCCUUCAAAACAAGUUGAAGGCGAAGGAUGACUCCUUACUUGUUCAACUAGAUUCAAACUCUGCUUGUUUAGAGAACCAAAUGAGGGAGCUAGAGGAAGAGCGGAAUAGUCUGAAAACACAAGCAGCGACGUUUGACCAAGAGAGAGGAAGAAUUCUGAACCUACUGGAUGAGUCCGAACAGCAGAGAGUGCGUCUUCAGAGCCAGCUAGAUUUCAUGGAAGAAAAGAAGGCUUCUGUUCAGAGCCAGUUGGACACAGUGGUCCAAGAGAAGGUGACUCUCCAAUGGGAGAUGGAGGAACAGAGAAAAGACUUCCAGAGACAGCUCGCUGAGACCCAAGAGAAGAGUGCGGUGGAUGCUGUAGAUGUAGCGACGGAGCACUGGAGGAGGCAGUAUGAGGAGCUCUAUGCCAAGGUCAAGCCCUUUCAGGAGCAACUGAAUGGGUUCGCUGCGGAGCGAGACGCGCUGCUCAAUGAGAACGGGGCAAACCAGGAGGAGCUGACCCGGCUGGCGGAUGCCUAUGCCCGCCUGCUUGGCCAUCAGAACCAGAAGCAGAAGAUUAGACAUGUGGUGAAGCUCAAAGACGAGAAUGUUGCCCUGAAACAGGAGCUGUCAAAGCUGCGUGCCCAGGUUUCUCGUCAGAAGAAAGAUGUAGAGCAGCUGAAGGCAGGUCAACGCAAGUUUGACCCCAGCAAAGCCUUCAAUCACCAAGACAGCAAGGAGAACCAAAACCCUGCUGCCUCCACCCUCAGACAAGGAAACCGCUGUUGAACAUGCCAGACCAGACAACGAACAAAAAAACGUCACAAGAGAAAGCACCAACUUAAUCAAAAUUAAUUGGAGAUAUUGAGUAAAUUAAAAGGGAUUUACUUCUGUGGGCUAUGUUUUUAGUUUUUUUUAACAUUUUCUCCCUAAUUAUCUAGUGGAUGACUUACUCUUAAUAUUGGGUGCUAAGUAACUAGGUAUGUUGAUUUUGGUAGCUGCCAGUGGACAGCCUGUGUUUCUACUUUUCUAGUGUUAGCUAUCAUAACGCAUGAUUAAUGGCAAUGUAAUUACUAUACCAGUUUUGCCUUAUAGCAAUAUCUUGCUGUUUUUAGCUCUAUCGAUUCUUUCUGUCGUUCUUCCAAAAAUGUUGUUGAAUCAUUUUUGGAAGACUUCCUUCCAGUGCAUGGAUAUGUAACUUUUAAGUUUCUUCCUAAUGACUGAUAUCUGUAAAUAAAGCUCCAGAUGUUUCUUUUC